GGCUAGAAAUCGCCCCGGACUCUGCUGAUGGUAACUCCUGAGCUGUGACUCCAGGUGGCUAAGACCUUGGGGCUGGGCAGGUACCUGACUCUGCACAGUGCCCCCCCCCCCCAUCUCUGCUCCCCGGGUGUGCGGGGCCCAGAGCUGCUGCCAUCGCUAAGAUCAGAAGGGAUCCUUCUAUCAGCGAGUCUGACCUGCUCCCACUGGCUCUCUGUGGUGUCCAGUAACUUGUGUGGAUAAAGCAGGUCUUCCUGACUGGUAACCCCUUCCCUGCACGUGCAGAGCGGGGCCAGCCACGGGAGAGAGAAAGCCCUCAAGAAUGGGAUGGUGACUACGUUUCCCAACCAGGGGGGUAGGGUGCUAGGAAAGAGGAGGAUACUUUCAAAUCUUGGGGGGCAGGGGGAAGGCUUUUGUUUGUGUUCUUUGUUGGCGAGUGUGUUCGUUCUCGGGACUGAGAGGGACCAGACAUCAAUCCAGGUUCUCCACAUCUUUCUAAACAAGUCUCUCCUAUUUCAAACUUGCUGCAGAAUGACACCCACAUCUCGCUCCAGCUCAUCCCAUCCUCCCAAGGAACAGGGGAGAGGAAGGGCUGCAGUGGAGCCAGCUCAGGGGCUGGUGACCUUCAAGGAGGUGGCUGUGUAUUUCACCAAGGGGGAAUGGGCUCUGCUGGAUCCCGCUCAGAGAGUCCUCUACAGAGAUGUCAUGCAGGAGAACUAUGAGAAUGUGACCUCGCUGGGGUUUCAAGUUUCCCAACCUCAAGUGAUCUCCCAGCUGGAACAAGGGGAAGAGCCAUGGGUCCCAGACCUCCAGGGUUCUGAGAAAGAAGUGCUUCCGAGAGCUGCCUGCACAGCAGGUGAUGCAAUGGUAUGUGAGAAAGAGAAGCAGAAUUCUCAUCAAGAAAAUGUUGAGCAAAUGGAUAAACACAGAGAUUUAUCAGAAAGAUUGAAAAGGAAUGUGUCCAGGAGUCAUGAGCAGGGAAAAUCCUGUGAGAUUCAGCACAGACCAGAAAGAAAGCAGGGAAACCAGCCGGGGGAGAAAGUGGGUAAAUUUAUUUCCUGUCGGGGAACUCACAAGGACCUAAAGGAAAACACAACACAGCAGGAAAUCCUCAGGGGAAAGAGGAAAAAUACAUGCACUGAGUGUGGGAAAAACUUCACUUUCAGAUCAGGCCUUUCUGAUCAUCAGAGAAUCCACACAGGUGAGAGGCCGUAUGAAUGCAGUGAGUGUGGGAAAAGGUUCACUCAAAGAUCAGGCCUUUUUCAACAUCAGAGAAUCCACACAGGAGAGAGGCCCUUUGAAUGCAGUGAGUGUGGGAAAAGCUUCACUCAAAGAUCAGCCCUUUCUGAACAUCAGAGAAUCCACAGAGGGGAGAGGCCCUAUGAAUGCACUGAGUGUGGGAAAAGCUUCACUCAAAGAUCAGCCCUUUUUACACAUCAGAGAAUCCACACAGGUGAGAGGCCCUACGAAUGCAGUGAGUGUGGGAAAAGCUUCACUCAAAGAUCAGCCCUUUCUGAACAUCAGAGAAUCCACACAGAGGAGAGGCCCUACGAAUGCAGUGAGUGUGGGAAAACCUUCACUCACAGAUCAGGCCUUUUUCACCAUCAGAGAAUCCACACAGGGGAGAGGCCCUACGAAUGCAGUGAGUGUGGAAAAAGCUUCACUCAAAGAUCAGCCCUUUCUGAACAUCAGAGAAUCCACACAGAGGAGAGGCCCUACAAAUGCAGUGAGUGUGGGAAAAGCUUCACUCAAACAUCAUCCCUUUUUCAACAUCAGAGAAUCCACACAGGGGAGAGGCCCUACAAAUGCAGUGAGUGUGGGAAAAGCUUCACUCAAAGAUCAGGCCUUUUUGAACAUCAGAGAAUCCACACAGGGGAGAGGCCCUACGAAUGUAGUGAGUGUGGGAAAAGCUUCACUCAAAGAUCAGGCCUUUUUGAACAUCAGAGAAUCCACACAGGGAAGAGACCCUACAAAUGCAGUGAGUGUGGGAAAACCUUUACUCACAGAUCAGGCCUUUUUCACCAUCAGAGGAUCCACACAGGGGAGAAGCCCUACGAAUGCAGUGAGUGUGGGAAAAGCUUCACUCAAAGAUCAACACUUUCUGAACAUCAGAGAAUCCACACAGGAGAGAGGCCCUACGAAUGCAGUGAGUGUGGGAAUACCUUCUCUUGGCACUCAGCUCAUGUUAGGCAUCAGAGAAUCUGCAAGGGAGAUCAACACCAUAAAAACCUCUAGGGCUAUCGAUACUUUUUUCUUUAAUAAUUUUCCUGAUUCCCACAUAGUAACUUUUAAAGCUGUUUGAACUGUUUGCAGCACACUUAUUCCUCAGCUUGCCAAGAUGAGUGGCCCAUUUUUGCCUUUUGCAGUUCACCCUUUUUUGAGUUGGACCUAUUUGUCUUUUCUCUUGUCCCAUGAGUAAUUUGUGUGCCCUUCCUAUCAGGAAGCAGGGAGCAUCACAUUUAUACCAUUCCUCCUAUUGCAAAGUUAUUGUUAGUUACCAAUGAUACAGAUUGUAUCAUUGCCAAUUGUUUUCAUGUUGCUCUGGGUUGUGCUGAAGAGCAGUUAUAUUGGGAACUUUUCAAAUUAUAUGUAAAUGAAGAGGAGCAGAGGCAGAAAAAAAAGUGUCAUUUCAGCAUCUGUGACACUGGAAGGAGAUGGGGUGACUCAGUUCUGGAGUGAUGUGGAAAGAGGGAAUCUCUGUUAAACUCUGCCUGGUUCAGACAAAAUGUAUCUUCAUCACAUUCCAUCCAUCCACUUCAGAAAGUGUCAUGUGAUGAAGCAUUCUCCAUUGUCUGUGCUUGAAGAUGAUGCUUUGACUUUUUUAAUCCUAUAUCAGAGUCGCUAUGACUGGAGAUGAAAGUGUCAAAGACCUGGAAGGGGAAUUCAAAUGGAUCCCAAACACAGUGUGAUCAUUUGGUGUUUAAAUCCCAGGUUCCAUUUUUGGUAAAGCCACUUCUGGCAAGGUGGCUGUUUUCCCCCUCAUGCAGAUGCUAGGAUUCUAAACAUUUUGUAAAUAACAUCACUCAGCACUGUCUCAAUAGUCAGUGCUGAGUGAAGUAUGUUUGAAUGGAUCAGAGGAAAAUGUGAUGGGAGAAUCUCUUGUUCUGAUUCUGAAUAAUCAGAUGUAACCUGCUCUUGAAUUUCACUUGACACUUUCAUUGUCAUGUAUUCUGUCUCUCUGUGAUGUGGGUUUCUAUCUUUUCUGAAGGCUGUUGGUCACCCAAUUGGAUAUUAGUUCAGUUUGACAGGAUAUAGCUCGGAUUUAUUGGAGAAUUUAAGAGAAAUGACUAUUUGCUAAAGUCAUCAUUUCUCACUUCAGCUUUUCUUUAUCCCCAUCCCUCCACGAUGACAUGGAGAAAGUUCAAGUGCACUUCUGUAAACAGGAGAGAAAUCUCCAAUUUAUUGGACAUGCUAACAAAGAAACAGCAGUGAUUUAAAAUCUCCACUUGGAAAUGGUGAACAACAACAGAACCCAACUAACUAAAGGAAGUGCAUAUGAUCACAGUGUUGAAGUCGAUAUUGUCUCAGAUGAUCUAGGGAGAGAAUUCCACGGUAAGUGGAUCUGAACUAGGCAAAAUGCCCAUGUAUUUCAUUCCCAAUGCAUUUGUAACCCAGGCCCCACAGAAGAUCUCUCCUAGCUAAUCCUAUGCUAUGGGAGAUGCUGCCCUUCAUGACGCAGCUAUUGAGGAAAUAGAAGUGGGGUUUUUGUUGAAGUUAUCCUUUGUAGGUGCUAAAAAUGUGUAUAAAAUGAAAUUAGUGUUGGAAAUCUAAAAUAGCUGCAAAAAAUAGCUAUUUUUGAAUAGAAACUCCAGCUCUGUUAACUAACAGAGACUCUGAUCCAUACCUGUAUCCAGGCCCUUGCCUGGAACUGUGCCACCAAAUUAAAUUAAAACUCGGCAUGUUUUUGGAAGCCAUUCCUUACCAACACUGCUGAGAUUUGGAGUGGUUUUGUAAAGGAUUCUACUUCAGAGAAGUGUAAAUUUACCCUAACCAAGACCAAGGAUUUGGAAAGAACUGGGGUUGAAAGAGUCCACACCCAGUUCUUGGUUUCCACCUCAGUAAAGGAAGCUAUGGUGACCAAUGACCCAAGGAAAAUUGUUUGUACAACUCCACUUACUAGUGUCACUGAUAACAGUUCCAAAAUUUGCCAGGGUUAGACUGAGAACAAUCAUCCUUCACCGUUUGGAUGAAAAGAGAGAGUGCUUCAUAGGACAUUCCUUCCCCGUGGAUCCCAACCUUGCUGCCUGAUUGGGUAAUAAGGACUUUUAGCCUGUAGAAAUGAUGGUAACCAAUGAGGCAAUGGAUGUGUCAGGCUUCAAUUUCAGACUUCCGGAUAUAUGCAUGUUGAGUUCUGAUUCUAUGUUUUUGUGUCUGACGCUCUGGCUACACAAUAAAGCUGACGUUGGCGCAGCUGCACCAAUGUAGCUGUGCUGCUGUAGCACUGCUAUUACAGGUGCUCUCAGCCAAUGGGAGAGAUCUCUUCCAUCGGACUUUAUUAGUCCAGCCCCCACAAGCGGUGGUGGCUAUGUUGGCAGGAGACGCUCUCCUGCUGAUGUAACACUAUCUACACAGGGAGUUAGGGCUGUGUAACUAUUUUGCUAAACUGUGUGGAUUUUUCACACCCCCGAGCAAUAUAGUUAUACUGAUCAAUGUCUUUAGUUUUCUCUUGUGUUUUAUGCAUUUACAUCACUUCUCCUCUACCUCCUCCUACUUUGAAAGAUUAAAAAGUGUGAAAAGAGAGGUAUUUUUCCUCAUGAUGCAAACAUUCCCACAUAGGAGACCCCUUCCACCAACGCACAUGGCAGAAGAACUAAAAAUAUAUGAACCCACAGAAGUGGUUGGGACCUACGUUGGGACAAACCACAACUUGAGCCAAGGUUCAGUUGUUGGCAAAGGGGAUUAAAAGAAAACUAAUAUAUAUGACAAGAAUUUGAGAUCUUUGAAUAUGUUAGUGUUACUGGUGAAAAUGAAAUUAUAGGUGAAAGUUAUUGGUUAAAGAAUAAGACACUCAUUGUGUAAUAACUUUCAGUUUUCCAGAAUAAUUCAGAUUAUCUUGUUUUUUGUUUUGUUAGUCAUAGAGGACAUGAUGGCUAAUCUUGAAAAGAUAAUUUGAUUUAAUUUACCCCCUGUAGUUCUGGUGUUCUGGUAGAAAACCUCACUCCAAAGGUUGGGGUGGGAGAAUAUGUGUGAGAAAGUGUAUAAGAGAAUAUUGGCCCAGUGAAAACUACUCAAGGAGACAAGUUGUAUAAGUUUUUACCCACUUAGACUGUAAGAGUCACUGACUUCCCCACUUCUCUAAUUUGCAAAGGAAAGGCAUGACAUCUGUCAUAGCAUGUGUCCAGAAAGUAUGAAAGCUGCAGUCGUCAACCAUCAAUAUCAAGGAAAAGGCUGAAGUCCAUUGCUUUUCACAUCAAAAAGCCAUCUAAAGGCUGGUCUACGCUGAAAAGCUAUGUUGACAUAGCCACAUCUCUCAGGGGUGUGAAAAAUCCAUUCCACUGAGAGAAGUAGUUAACGUGACCUGAGCCCCAGUGUAGACAGCGUUAGGUUGUCAGAAGAAUACUUCCAGUGUUUGAAGUGUUGACCCUAGCCUUAGGCAGAUUGAUCCCUUAUGGGAAGCAAGUCAUGACAUCAAUUCCAAUUUUGACUCAUCUCCCUGCAUGUGAGAAAGCUACUAGUACAGAGGGCUGAGCCAGCUGUCCGAUCGCCUGGUUCCUCAACUGUAGCUACAGCUCUUAGUACCCAUCAAAUCAAAGACUGAGAGAAAUGCAGAGUUUGAACCAUUGCCAUUUUAGUAUCUUAUUGUUCCUUUCUCUAUUUUUGUGCUGGCCUUUCUAUUAUAUCAGGGUGUGACUGUAUAGCUCAGUGCAUGUGUGACAAAAACUCAUUGGUGCCAAUUGGCAAAGGGGUCACUGUUGUUCACAAGCAACUUCUUUAUCAGACCUGACAAACUCGCCACACCUAAUACACAGAUUUUAUUAUAUUUAUCCAGGAAGCAUAGUAGUGAGAUCUCUAAUGAAAACUUGUAAAUUAUUGAUACUCCUAAUCACUGAGAGAGGUCUGUAUGAGUCAUACUGAAGGAGUAAUGUAAGUACAUGGAAAAUUAUGCCCAUAUGGUAUUGUCAUGAAAGUGAGUCGCUCCAAUCAUGGGUCUUGGUGGGGAUGGCCCAUUCCAGUGGGAGGGAAUUGCCAUUCCUCCCUUGCUAGCUAGUUAUGUGAUGUAUUGCUCCAUUGUCAACCUUUGCACCAAACCAGAAAAGCCAACAGAAAACUAUCAAAGACAAACUAUAGAUAGAAACUGUGUGAUGUGAAAAGGAUGAUAUGACAAUGAGGAGAUGGUCCUUUCUGUGAAUAAAGACAAAAGACUGAUUCAGUUUAAAACAGGGUGGAGAAAAACACUCUGGGUCCAUUUACCAAAGAGAUCUCUAAUGACCAGUGGUACUUCAUGAAAGGCAGGGCCAUGGCUCUUAGGACUAGCAAUCACUGCAAUAGACUGAAAUGUGAGGUGAGAAUCUAUUUAGAUAGGGAAAGGUAACUAUUAAAAAUGUAGGUUGCAUUUUGUGAUUUUGUUCUGUUGGUAAUGGUUGGUUUCCAUCACUCACAUUUGUUUCUGUUUAAAUCUCUAUCCCUUGUUAAAUAAAUUUCCAUUUGUUCAA